AGAGGCUAGCGAGGGGGAUUUUGCCAAAACAGUGUUCCAUGAAGAAAUAUGAGCUGGGGAUCGCUUUUUGGUAGGGCACCUGGGCCCGUCGGAGAUUCCUCAAGAAUUCCAGGACCAACCCCAUUACAGCAACAGAGGAUAAAGCAAGUUGAGAGUCUUCGUAAUUUCAACCAAAAUGUUGUAGAAGAGGAAUGGGACAAGAAAUACAGCAUUGAGUUCAGUUCUGGUGGUCAGAUAUUCAAAUUAUUUGUAACAUUGCCACCCCAGUUCCCAAAUGAAAAGCCAAUCGUGCAUCUUUCACCAGCCAGCCAACAUCCUUGGUUGGAUGAAGGGAUGUUUCUUAAGAAUUGCAGUUCUCUCAAGACAUUUUACAUACAUUCAAAUUUGGGAAAAGUCAUCAGACAGAUUGUAGAAGACCUAAGGACCAAUCCACCAAGAGUCCUGGCUCAAAGUUCUUAUCGGAAAACCUCGUUUCCAAACUACGAACCCGUUACGUCAUCAACACCUACGGCUAUUCUUAUAUCGACUGAAACUGUCGAAGAGGAUAAUAAGUCGUCAACUUCAAAGAAGCCAUCAGAUUGCAAAAGUUUAGAAGAGCUCUUUCAUGCACUACAAGCCCUUUCGAUUGAAGAACUGGAAAGUUUAGGAAAAGAUUAUGACAAACUGUUAUCGUUCGUCGUGAACCUAGAUGAGAUAAAAGAACUUCAGGUAAGACGAAAAGAUCUUCUUGAAAGCAACAGACAGUUGGCAGAGCAAAAUCUGUCACUGAAGCCAAAAAUGGAAGAACUGAUAUCAAGCUUGAAGAGCAAGUCUGAAAAAGUCAGAUCCCUCGAAUCGGAGUUGCAAUCUAAAAUCAUGCAGCAAAAUGAACUGUUUCAGGUUUUUGAGUUGAAUCAAGUUGUAACCAAUCUGAGAAUAGCAAUUUCUCAAGCUGAUGAAUCGUCUGAGGAAAUAGCUGAAAAUUUCUUAACAAAAAAAGUACCGGUGAAUCAAUUUCUAGAGAGUUUUUUAGAGCAAAGGAAGCUCAGUCAUUUACGCAAGGCCAAAGAAGAAAGAAUUCGUUAUUUAAACCCAAGGUACUGAUCAACACUCUGGCUUUUGUUCCAUUGUGCGUAAAAUUUUAAGAAUUACUGUCGCAGAAAACUCAAGGAUUUAAAUUGUACACUAUCAUUUUUAUAUUUAAUGGUAUGUAGAGAGAGAAUAUGGGAUAUGAUGAAUAUAGUGAAAAGAGAAUAUGGGAUAAGACUAGAAUGUUUAGAAUAAUACUUACUUGGGUUUAUCUUCGAUCUUUGAGUACCAUACAUUAAUUGUUUAUCAUAUUGGUAGAAGGUUAAAAUUGGUACUUCAAGGGAGGGAGUAAAUAGUGAGCACAUCACAUUUGAUUUAGUGAAAGGAUUCCACAUAAAAAUCCUUCUUGUAUCAAUUUUUUUAGAGUAAUGUUAUAUUUCGGCCAAUAUCGAGAAGAUAGGAUAAUGAUGAAGGCGUUUGGAUAUUGUGCUUGUAAACUUUCUUAAUUUGAUUAAUUAAGAGAGUUUUAUAUUUUAUUGCAAGUCACAUAGAUUGUUUAUUGAUGCGAAUACACACGCCUGCAUUUCCUUGCUUGAGUAGGCCUCCCUGCAAAGAAAUACGUUUUCAAUGAACUCCCCUAUCCCAAAUUGACUGAAAAUUUGAAUACCCAUCUUCAAAGUUCCUACCAUGAUUCUUGGAUCUGAGAAUUGCUUUGGAAAUUUGCGUUUCUCUGCUCCUUGUCCAUGUUCUAUCUUGCGUCUUAAUCGUGUCUGUUUAUAAAAAUAUAUCUUUGCGAGAUAUCAUGAAAAUAAAUCUAGACGUUAUGAUACUUAAUCUAGUCAUUGUAUACUGUAGUUUAAGGGCGAGCAAAUCGCCGUAGAAACGUUUUGCUUUAUGCUUAGAAAAGAUAAUGCCAUGUUCAAAAUUUUA